AUUCCCCAAAAAUCAAAAAAAAAUUAUGAGACUGAAUAUACCAAAUUCAACUCGUGGUGUCAGGAGAAAAACAUCCUAAUAGUAACAGAAAACGUUAUGAUAGCAUAUUUUGAAUGUUUGAGUAAGAUUUAUAAAAGUUCAACUUUAUGGAAAUCCUAUUCGAUGUUACGUUGUAUGCUCAACCUGCAACGUAACAUUGAUUUGACAAAAUAUUCAAGAUUGCAAGCGUUAUUGAAAUCUUUGUCAAGAGAAUAUACACCAAAAAAAUCUAAGAUUCUAGAAUUUGAGGACAUUGAAAAGUUUCUGACAACAGCAUUAAAUUUUGAAUUCCUCGAUGUCAAGGUAUGUAUAUUAUUCUUGAUAUUAUCACAUUUAUGAAUUUUGGAAGGACAUGUUCAUAAUUUUGGAACAAAAUUGCAGGUAAUAUUAAUUAUUGGAUAUUCUGGUGCAUGCAGAAGAGUAGAGUUGACCAGCAUGACUACAAAUGAUUUUAAAUUUGAGGAAAAUUCUGUAUUCAUUACUGUAGCAAAAACAAAAACGAACCAACAGAGGAUAUUUGCUAUUUCCAAUCCCAUCUGGCUGAAGUUAAUAGCCGAAUAUUAUGCAUUACGACCAGCACAUACUAACCAUAAUAGAUUCUUUGUGAAUUAUAAAUCGGGUAAAUGUACAGUGCAGCCGAUUGGUAUCAAUAAAAUGGGUUCGAUGCCUAGAAGGAUAGCAAAAUUUUUAAAUCUGCCAAAUUCCGAAUUAUAUUCAGGCCACUGCUUUCGUAGAUCAUCUGCUUCUCACUUGGCAAAUAAAGGAGAGGAUAUAAUAUCCUUAAAAAGACAUGGAGGAUGGAAAAGCUCUUCUGUUGCUGAAAGUUAUGUAGAAGCUUCAGCACAGAAAAAGCUAGAUAUUGCUCAAACCUUGGCCAGUCAAAUUCCUGCAUCUAGCAGUCAGAAUUCCAACGGAUGCAUUCUAACAUUACAAUAA